CGUGCAUCUCUGGUCUGAUGGAUGCGGCUGGCCCUAAACUGCAGGCCAAUGGCCAUGUGAAGCCCAAACCCAAGGGCGUGUUGCUGAUGCCGCUGCUGCCAGUCCUUUGUUGUUUACUCUAUGCUCCGUGUGUGACCUACAGCGAGUGGUACAUCGAUGAGCUCUUCGCCGUACUUCGAAAUGAAGAUGCACGAGGAGAGACGAGCCUUUCCCAGGUCUUCAGCAACGACUUCUGGGGGAACCCUUUGUGGGGGCAAAGCUGGACCCACAAGUCUUACCGACCCUUAGCGGUCCUGAGCUUCGCAUGGCAAUUUCGAUUUCUGGGAGAGGACCUUUUCAGACCUCAGCCCUUGCGGACCUUCAAUGCUGCGUUGCAUGCAGCAAAUUCACUACUGGUCUUGUUGUUGCUUCGCCGCCUGGGCUUGCAAAAAUGGGCGUCGCUGAGUGCCGCGCUCUUUGCAGCACACCCGGUGCAUGUGGAGAACAUCGUCUACCUGGUGGGGCGUGCAGACGUACUGGCCACUACUGGUUGGCUUUUGGCAGCUUUGGUGCAGCUGGAAGUGCGAAGCACUUGGCAGGCCAAAGGCCAAUUUCCAAAGCUCGCGGGUUUGCUCUUAGUGAUUCUUUGCAGCAUUUUGGCUGUUGGUGCAUGCCUUUGCAAGGAAAUGGGCCUUACGCUACUCGUUUUCACAGCCGGUUUGGAGCUGGUCAGUUGCAAGCCCGGAAGUCGGUGCCUUGCAACAGGUGCAGUUCCAGUCGCUUUACUGGCCUUAAGCUCUUUUGUUUUGCUUGCAGCAGCGCGCUUUGCAGUAACAAAGGGAUCCAGUGCUGCCUUUGGCUAUGUUGACACACCAGUUCAAUACCACGAUGAUGUUUGGGUACGGACUUGGAGCUAUCUCUUCCAGCACUCAUACUAUGCCAAGUUGCUGAUCUUCCCUGGCUACUUGUCGUGGGACUAUUCUUUCGAUGCCAUCCCAGUGCUUCGCGCGGCCUGGCGAGAUGUGCGAUCCCUUUCCGUUUGCUGUGCUUAUUUGGCGGUGGUGGCGCUAGUCAGCUGGGGCCUGGCCAAUUCGCGUCGCUUGGUGUUGGGGUUGCAGGUAGUGAUCAUACCCUUUGUGCCGGCGUCAAAUCUAUUUUUCAAGGUUGGCGUCACCAUUGGCGAGAGGUUGCUGUAUCCAUGCACAGUGGGUGGUGUCAUUGCGAUUGCAGCUCUUGGGCAAAACUUGGAGAAGCGACGACGCAGCUGGCCAACUCGGUUGGGAGGAGUUCUCCUGGCCAUUUAUGUUUGGCGUUGUGGAGAACGAGUCUGGCAGUGGCGUUCAUCAGAGGCGUUAUACAUGGCCGAUGCUUUGUCUUGGCCAAACUCCGUCAAGACUCGCCACCAGUUGGGAACCGUCUUUCAUCAGCAGGGAAGGUAUGAUGAGGCUUUGCGAGAGUUCAAUGCGUCUUUGAUGAUCCUUGAUGACAAUGCCUUGACGGAUCAUUGCAUUGGACAAAUCUACAUUGAGACCGGCCGUUAUAAAUUGGCCCUCGAACGCUUCGAAAAGAUCAUGCGAGGUCAUGGUGUUGGCUUCUCAGCGUUCAACCUAUGGAUGUUAUAUGUAGACUAUGGCUUCACACUUGUAGCCCUUGGGCGCUUCGAAGAGGCCAUUGAACCCUUGGAAAAAGGACUCUCCAGGAACGCAGCGGUACCCCACGGCCAGAAUGCUUUGGGCUAUGCCUAUGCGAGCCUCAAUCAACUGCAGCAGGCUCAAGAUGUCUUUGCUAGAGGCUUGGAGUACGAUCCGGACAAUCCCGUGCUGUGGUCCAAUCUGGCAGUGGUUUGGAUGGUUGCGGGCGCCUUCCAGCAAGCAGCGCAAGGAUUGGAAAAGGCUUUGACGAUAGAGCCGCAGAAUCCAGUCAUCAUUCAGAAUGUCAUGGUCCUCAAAGGUGUGUCGCAGACGGGGUACCUCUCAGAGCAUCCAAAGCUGGAUUUGUUCUUCUCCAAAAACUGAAGCCGUACCACACCCGGCAAAUCUGGAAGAGGGUCAAGACUGCUAUUCCAAGC